GUUUUGGAUGUGGGAUUUGACUUUGCAGUGGGUGGAGACAGGAUAGCAAGUAGAAUCGAAAUCGCCUUUUUGACAGCUAACAUAAAAAAUACUGUUUAACUUAAACUUGAUGAAUGAAUGCGUUGAUAUUUCGUACUGUUGCACCUACAUCGAGGCAUAUCGUUAAGGAGGUUCGUUCUAUCACGUCAAUCCUCUGGAACGUUUCUGCGGAGAGUAUGCUCUGGAGCUUGUAAUGCUGCCUUAGCUGAAACGUUUCAGCUACAGUGAAGAAAAUACCUUUUCAGUUUAAUCGAAACUCCCCGGUGUAUCGGCGCCUGGCUAGCGGGAGGCGGAGCAUGCAUGUGAGAUCAGAGAUCAGAUUGGACGUGGAGCUGUGAUGCGUGCGGCGAGCUGCAGGAUGAACGUGGCGGCCAUUCUGAAUGGCCUGCUGGUGUCGGUGGUGGCAGCACUGCUCUGGAAGUACGUCAGGCUAAGCGAGCACGCUGCAGUACUGGAGGAGGAGCUGCAGCUGACCCGCCAGUCCCAGGAGCUGUCCCAGGCCCGGAUAGACUACCACGCCGCUCUGCUCGCCCUCCAGGAGCAUGGCACCCGCAUGGUCUGCACCGGCAAGAUGCACACUGACCGCAUCUGCCGCUUCGACUACCUGUGCUACUGCACCGAGGCCGAAGAGUUUGUCUUCUUCCACAGCAACUCCUCCUUCAUGCUGCCCAACCUGGGGCCCCGGCGCUUCCAGCCGGCCCUGCUGGACCUGUCCUCUGUAGAGGAUCACAACACCCAGUACUUCAACUUCCUGGAGCUGCCCGCAGCUGCCCUCAAGUUCAUGCCCAAGCCUGUGUUUGUCCCUGACGUCACCCUCAUCCUCAACCGGUUCAAUCCGGAUAACCUGAUGCACGUGUUCCACGAUGACCUGCUGCCCAUCUUCUACACCAUGCGGCAGUACUCUGACCUGGAUGAUGAGGCCCGCCUGGUCUUCAUGGAGGGCUGGGGUGAGGGUGCACACUUUGACCUCUACCGCCUGCUGAGCAACAAGCAGCCACUUCUCAAAGAGCAGCUGAGGAACUUUGGAAAACUUAUGUGCUUCACAAAGUCCUACGUGGGCUUGUCCAAGAUGACCACAUGGUACCAGUACGGCUUUGUCCAGCCACAGGGCCCCAAAGCCAACAUCCUGGUCUCUGGGAACGAGAUCCGCCAGUUUGCCUCAUCGCUGAUGGAGAAGCUCAAUAUCACCACGAGAGGAGGAGAGGAGAGUGCAGCGGAGGAAAAGGAUGAGUACUUCGUAGUGUUCAGUCGCUCCAUCAACAGACUCAUCCUGAACGAAGCGGAGCUGAUCCUGGCGUUAGUGCAGGAGUUCCAGAUGAGAGCGGUGACGGUGUCUCUGGAGGAGCAGAACUUCCCCAGAAUCGUCAAGGUCAUCAGCGGGGCCUCCAUAUUGGUCAGCAUGCACGGGGCCCAGCUGGUCUCCUCUCUCUUCCUCCCCCGGGGGGCCGUCGUUGUGGAGCUCUUCCCCUAUGCGGUCAACCCAGAGCAGUACACCCCUUACAAAACCCUGGCCUCUCUACCAGGCAUGGAUCUGCAGUAUGUGGCCUGGAGGAACAUGGUGGAGGAGAACUCUGUGGCCUACCCAGAGAGGCCCUGGGAGCAGGGAGGUAUAGCCCACCUGGAUAAGGAAGAGCAGGAUCACAUCCUGACCAGUAAGGAAGUACCCAGACACCUGUGCUGCCGCAACCCUGAGUGGCUCUAUCGUAUUUACCAGGACACCAUAGUGGACAUCCCUUCUUUACUAGAGGCUCUCAGAGCGAUCGUGAAAACCAGGCCCAACCUGAAGAAGGCCAAGCCUGCCAGCACGGUCCACCCGGGCCGGGUCAGAGAGCCCCAGUGCCAGACAUCGGUCCAGGCCACCAACGAGGCCAAGCUGACUGUGUCCUGGCAAAUCCCCUGGAACCUGAAGUACCUGAAGGUCAGGGAAGUGAAGUACGAAGUGUGGAUCCAAGAGCAAGGAGAGAACACGUACAUGCCUUAUAUUCUCCCCCACCAGAACUAUACCUUCUCUGAAAACAUCAAACCCUUUACGACGUACCUGGUGUGGGUGCGCUGCAUCUUUAACAAAAACCUCCUGGGGCCUUUUGCCGAUGUACUCAUGUGCAGGACAUAAUUUGUGUUGAUCUAUACAGUUACAAGAUUGUGACUGCUUGUUCCAGAUGAUCAGAUAUUGGGGUUUUGGAUUACUGAAGGUGAUACUAGAAAGGUUCUGUAUAAGUUCAGCCAGUAGUUUUGAAAGUAGCGCUCACGAGCCAAAAAUGGGUCCCAGAAAAUUGUGCACAAUUGUAUACGAUGUCAUUCAUUUUGUAUGAUAUGUUACGUCCUGCACAAUAAAUGUAUAUUUCCUACAAUUCG